AUGCUGAAUGCCGUGGAGGGAGAUGUCAAGGAAGGUCCUCCCUCGGAAGCUGGACCAACAGGUCGGCCCUCGAGCACACCGGAGCCCUCCCGGAAGACGCCUUCGCCAAGUCUUCCGGACAAAAGUGGCUUUCAGGCCUUGUCCACGGUGACAGCACCGCCGAAGUUCAGCUUUGCAUCGAAGAUGCCACAAGGCAAGGAGAAGUUCAAGAUGCCUGGCCCUGGGAGUUACAUGCACGACCGGGACUUCAGCUCCAAACAUCAAACUCAGCCGAGCUUUGGCUUUGGCACCGGCACCCGGAAGACCCGCGUGGUCAACCAGGCUCCAGGCCCAGGCACCUAUGAAGAGCCAGGCACUUUAGGAGACGCCAAGAUCUCUUGCACUCCCAGGAGGGAAGCGCCUCAAGCCCGAGGCAAAGCUCCGGGGCCAGGUGCUUACAACCUUCCAGAGCCCUUUGGACGGGGGAAAAUCACCAUUCGACGCAAAGGGGACGCCUUGCCACAUCUUUCGAUUCCAGGGCCUGGAGAGUAUGAGGUCACCGUCUUCAAGGCCCGGUCCGGCUUCAGCUUUGGUACAGCCCGGCAAAGGGCCCGGCUACCGGCAGAGUUCGAGGCGGUCACGCCGGGGCACGAGAUCGCCGACGGUCAGGGCUGGUGGGUGAAUGCUGAGCCCACGAAGCGCUUGAGCUCUUUCUGCAGCUGGCGCGGGGUGUGGGCACAUGUCCUGCUGAGCUUUGGCAGCCAAGUCCUGUUGAACAUUUGUUCCUCUGGUGUCCAUGUGGCAGUGCUAGGUCCUGAAGGCCCUGAAAUCGAAGUGAAGAGCUUCAAUGCGUCAGACGUUGAAGAAGCAAAGGCUUGGGCAUCUGCUCUGCCAGAAGGCCGACAUUGUGUGUUGGCUGCUGCUGGCGAAGAUCUGCUCACACUGGGUGUGCUCAGCGAGGAGGCACGGACGAGACGGGAUGUUUCAAAAUCCCUAUGCCGACAAUGCCGAUGCCGAUGCCGAUGCCAAGCGGAGACGUGUUGGUGA